AUGACAGACCAGGAGUAUCUCCUUUGCAUGUGGAACAAGCGCCUGUGGCCAGCAAAGGUUUUGUGCAAAAGUGGAGCUACUGGGAAAACAUCUCUUAGUCGUGGGAAGGAGACUUCUUUUGAAGUUGAAAUACUUGGCUUGAAAGAGCAGGUCCAUGUGCACUGUGCAGAUGCUGUGCCACUGACAGUGGAGUGCAUAGAAGACAUCGCCUCGAAUUUAGGGCAAAGGAAUGAUUCAAGUGAGGCUGUGGAAGAGCUGAAUUAUCGCCGUUCUCUGAAAAUUGCCCUGGAUAUUUUGACUCAGAAUGGCUCAGCUGGACAAGUGCCCCUCUCAGAAGGACCAAACUCUCCCCUGUCCCAGGAGAACAAGGUGGGGUCUCUGUCACCUGCCCCCGGGCGCAGAUAUAGAUCCGUCUCUAAAGAGAAGGUGGAGCCUGAGACUUCCAAGAAGAAAAGGGAACCAAAAAAUAGCCCCAGUCUGAAGAGCACUACAAAAGCCAAACCCCAGAGGGGCUCCCUCAGUCCAGGGGGGAGCAGAACAACCCCUCCCAGCAGAACAACCCCCUCCAGGUGUGGCACCAGGGACUCUGGCAGCACUGUGAGCCCAGGCAGCCAGAACUGCAAACCAGCAGAGUCAAAGUCACCACAGGGGCGGGGCAAAAUCAAGCCCAGGCUGUUGUCAAAGCCCAACCCAGGAAAUAAAGUCUCCCUUGAGCCCAAGGAAGAGCAAAGCAAGCAAGGAAGACAAAGACCAAGAGCUGUGGGCUCCCCUGUUCCACGUGGGAGCGACUCCCCCGGGGAUCCAGCGCAGCCCCCAGCUGAGGAGGGGUCCCCUCUGUCUGUCCCCUGCACGGCUGGCACGGGCGUUUCUGUUGGGAGGGGAGGCACCAGGAGACAGCCCAGGAGGACACUCCUGCAUUCCUCAUGUGAAAGUGCCUCAGAUGACUUGGAAAAAAGAGGCAGCAGCGAGAGCAAAAGUCCAGCAAAGCAGCUGGAUGGAAGGAAAAAGCCAGAGAGUCCAAAACGGAUUAAUGGGGAGGAAGAGUCUGGUGGAACUGUGUCCUCAAGCAGAAAGAGGAAAUGCAGGAGUGGGCCUGAGCCUCCAUCUGGGCCUUCUGACCACGUGAGGCUUCCAGAGAGCUUCCCCUCCCAGCCUAAAGAGGAGGAAAAUCAGAAUCCUCCUGCCGUGCUUACAAGGAAAAUGAAGCAGUUUCAGCUGCCUGACUUCGAGGAAGAGGAAGGACUGGAAUCAUCUGACCUGUCUCUGAAGGUGGCUUCCACAGAGAGCCCCUCUCGCCUCUCAGCUCUGUUAGAUGAAGAGGAGGAGGAUGAAGAACUUCCCAGUGUUUUAUCUGCUCAAGAACCCCAGGCCAUUGAAGAAGGGAUCCUGGUGUGGUGCAAGCUGCGGCGGUACCCGUACUGGCCAGCGGUGGUGAAGGGCGUGAGGAGGAAGCUCAAGAAGGCCUGUGUGCUCUUCAUAGAUGGGACUACAAACGAGAAGAAAAAAGGUUUCUCAGUAUCUCUCAAGAGUUUGAAGCACUUUGAUUGUGAAGAAAAGCAGGACCUGAUAGAACGAGCCAAAGAGGAUUACUGCCAGGAGAUCGAGUGGUGCGUUCGCCUGAUUUCGGACUAUCGGAUUCGAGUGGGUUGUCAUUCAUUUACGGGAUCCUUCUUGGAGUAUUUUGCUGCUGAUAUUAGCUACCCUGUUAGAAAGGAAGGUUAUCAAAGUUCAGUCCAAAUGACCUUUCCAAACGAGGCAGAGGAAAAUGUUGAAGAGUCUCCAUCAGAAGCUUCACCUCCAAAGCGCUCCAAGAAGCUUCUUCCUGACAGAUCGAGAGCUGCUAGGGACAGAGAGAAUAAAAAGAUUGUGGAGUUCAUAGUGAAGGCUAAGGGGGCUGAAGAGCAUCUUCAGGCAAUUCUGAAGAGCAGAAAACAGUCCCGUUGGCUGAAGGAAUUCCUGAACUCCAGCCAGUACGUGACCUGCGUCGAAACGUAUCUAGAGGAUGAAGAACAAUUAGACCUUGUUGUGAACUACUUGAAGGAUGUUUAUCAUGGCACAGAUGCUAAAAACCUGCAUCAGAUAGGUGGGGAUGGAAUAAAACUGAUUUCAGAUGUCCUUCUGCCUGAA